GCUCAAACCGACACUAACUCUGAAAACACACUCACACCCAAAGGGCGAUUGCGUGGAUAUCAUGCAGUCACAUGAAGCCACAUUAAUCCUCGCUGAUAAACACACGGACCGGCUCUCCCCUUCCUGUUUCUGGUGUUCUGGUCUGAGGGGGUAGACUCGGGUAGACCCACAGGGUAGACUGGUUCAGACCUCUAUGGUUCAGACACGGGAAAACUGGAAUGUUUCUUCCGGUUCCACAGAGUGCUAAAGCUGAACGGAAGCCGACGUGGUCUUUGUAGUCUCUCGGCACACUCUUGUCCUCCCACCUUGGCUUCCGAAACUUGUGCCUCUCUGAAUUCUGUGCAGCUCAACUCUGCUGCCGGCCUCACUUCCCCCCGUGCUGCAGGAAAACCCACCGAGACAAGAGAGAGGCCUCUGUCUCCACCAGAGCUGCUACUGACCGCUGACUGCAUGUCUCAGGGUUCUGAACGACCCCCCUCCUCUUCCUCUUCCUUCUCCUCCUCCUCCCACUCCUCAAGGACCCACUUAUCCACACAACCAUAACCUCCAAACCUCCAGCUCAGUUGGCGAUCCCUCCCACGGCAGAAGGUUUGACCGUUGUCCCCCUUACCCCGGCCCCUGAUUGGUUGCUCCUUCGGUGAAGGAGGCAGCUUUGACACCGUGCCGCUCUCCCUGGAGAUGAAGCUGCAGGCCGUCAUGGAGAACCUGCACAGGCAGCAGAGGGCCAAGCUGCUGAUGGAGCAGCAGCUUCAGCAGCAAGCAGCCGCACAGCACACUCAGAUCCGCACAGGUGGAGGGGGAGUGGGGAGGGACGAGCCAAUGGGGAGCCCUGCCCCUGAGUCGGAGCAGGCACAGAUUGCGGCGCUGGCAGCCAUGCGUGCGGCGGCGGCAGGACUGCAGAGGGUGUCGGAUAGCCCCAUGUCAGAGCGCAGCAGUGGGGGCGAGGAUGAGGAUGAUGAUAAUGAUGAAGGGGAUGAGCAUUACAAGGACAUGAUGGGGUCUGAUGAAGAGGAGCAGAUAAAGCAGAAAUGGGACGAGGAAGACUUUGAAGGAGAGAUGGAGGAAGACUUUGAUGACGACCUGGCAGAGGAAGGUCUGCCGACAGGACACGACGCAGUGGCUCCGGGCAAGGGCAUCCUCCUGCUGCCCCAUCGCCAGCUCCACCCGCACUCCCAGCUGCUGAAGGCCCGACCCAGCGUGGACCAGGAGCCCCGAGUCGCCAUCCUCCCUCCACACGCCACGCACGGCCACCUGGGCGCUCAGGACCACGGAGAAUGGACCUACGAGGAGCAGUUCAGACAGCUGUAUGAACUGGACAGAGACCCAAAGAGGAAAGAGUUCCUGGAUGACCUCUUCAGCUUCAUGCAGAAAAGAGGAACCCCGGUGAAUCGUAUUCCCAUCAUGGCCAAGCAGGUCCUGGAUCUGUACAUGCUCUACAGGCUGGUGACAGAGAAGGGCGGCCUGGUGGAGGUCAUCAACAAGAAGCUGUGGAGGGAGAUCACCAAGGGACUCAACCUGCCUACCUCAAUCACCAGUGCAGCCUUCACCCUUCGCACACAAUACAUGAAGUACCUGUACCCGUAUGAAUGUGAUAAGAGGGGUCUGAGUAACCCCAACGAGCUCCAGGCGGCCAUCGACAGUAACCGACGAGAGGGCCGACGUCAAAGCUUCGGGAGUUCCCUCUUCACCUACUCGCCCAACGGGACGCCCACCAUGCUCUCCUCGCCGAAGCUCCCCACCUCCAGCAUGGGCCUGACUAUGGGCACCAACGGGGCCUCGUUGACCUCCAUCCAGAAGAUCAAGAAAGAGGAGGGAUGCCAGUCACUGCCGGGGCUCGGUAUGGCUCGUCUGCCAGUGGGGGCGCUGGCGGGACACUCGGUGGCUGCUGUGCAGGCGGCGGCGGCAGCUCAGGCAGCGAUGGCGGCUCAGGUGGCUCAGGUGGCAGCUCUGGAGCAGCUGAGGGAAAAACUGGAGGCCGGAGAGCCACCAGAGAAGAAGAUGGCGCUGCCGGCCGAGGAGCACCACCGGCUGCUGCAGAGAGCGCUGCAACACAACCUGCUGGCUAUGACCGCUCAAUUACCCAUGAACAUCCGCAUCAAUAACCAAGAAAGCAGACGGGACUCGGCCCUGAACCUCACCACCAACGGCACAAGCAGCAUCAGCAUGUCAGUGGAACUCAACGGAGUGGUUUACGCCGGCGUCCUUUUUGCUCAGGCAGCAGGAGGCUCCGUCUUCUCCGGUGCGUCCGGAUCGUCUGCCUCCAACAAGACGGCCAGCAGUCGUGUCGCUCCUCCUCCUCAGCAGCAGCAGCAGCAGAACACACCUACCUCAACCUCAACCUCCAGCAACUCAUUGUCUUAACAAACCCCCCUGCCUUUACCCUUUAUUAUAUUAUUAUUAUUUUUUAAAUACCACGCUAAGCAAAGCCAAAAAGCAACCUCAUUUUCUACACAAUCUAUGCCAAAAAGAGAAGAACCGUAAACCUUACACAAAGACAAAAAAACUGAAACUCAGAUCACUUGAAGUACACUAUCUCAGGUUUUCUCUCACCACCUCACCUCUUUUGUUCUUCACAGCCAAAGUGGUCUCAGAAAAAAAAGAAAAAUGUCUCAACUGAGAGCCAGUAUAUGCUAAACGAAUAUGUAUGCACAACCUGUGAAUUAUUUAUUUCUGCAUAAAUGUACAGAUUAUCGGAGAACAAAAGAGAAGGUAAUAACUAGGAAGGGUAAUGCACUGUUUACACACACAAACACAGCUACUGAUUGACGGCGAUGUUUUAUCCUCACGGGGAGAGAUAUUUUUAUUUUAUUUUAUCUUUUCAUUGUCAUUAUUAUCAUUAUUGUUAUUCUCUUUAUUGUGUUUU